ACAUUUUGGUUGUACAGUAAAUUUGUUAAUGUUAGCUUCCUAGCUGUUGCGUUUCAUUGCCACCCAAACAGAUAAAAAUGAGUCGUAAAAUUGACGAAGAUGGUGGAGAUACCGAUCAUAAAUUUCUAGAUGAUGUAUUGAAUAAGCUUUAUGAUUUUGGGGAUGGAGCACGACAAGGAAGGAAAAAGAAAUCGCUGAAGCCUAAGAAAAGGAAAUGUAGUGAAGAGGAAAAGGAGUUAACCUCUGUUUGCAAUGGCAACGAGGACAGUGUUGACGAAUGCCAUGAGCUGACAGAGCAACGUAUCGUAGUGACUGCUGUCUCAGAAUCCAGUAAAGAUGGGAAUACAAGAUUGGCCACAAAACGACCUGCACAAGUAGAGAUAGUGACGUUCCAAGACCCCUCAAAGAAAAAGAAAGUGACAAAAACCCUAGCCCCUGAAGUGAAGCCUCCCCCAACAGAAGAGAAGAAAGAGGACUCAAAAGAAUUCAGUCUGGAAAAGGCACGGUUGGAGGUUCACAGAUUUGGAAUUACUGGGUAUCAGAAAGAACAGCAGAGAAUGUUUGAACAAGAGCGAGCCAUCAUGUUAGGAGCCAAGCCACCCAAGAAGGAAUACGUCAAUUACAAAGUUUAUCAACAAAUGAUAAAGGAGAAGAAGCUGAAAGCAAAAGAAGAGGUGAAACUGGACAAUAAGAAAACGAAAAAAAGAGAGAGCAAGCCCAGAGAUGAGAAAAAGAAGGCCUCUUCAAGUGUCAUACCAACAGGCCAGGUGGGGCGGUUUAAAAACGGAAUGCUGGUGUUAAGCUCCAAGGAAAUACAAAGGAUAAAAUCCUCCAAAGUGAUAAAGUGAAAGUUUUUCCAAAUGUGUAACAUUUGUGGCUGUGCCACAUUUGACAAAAAUGUGUUUGUGUACCAAAUAUUAAAUAUGAAUAUGCAGAACACUCUGCAGAUGAACUGUUGGAUGUGGUAAAUAUAUUUUAUGCAAUAGCUUCCUCUGUAUCAGGAUCUUUCCCAGAUUUGGGCCCGUUCUUUUUGAUUUUAUUCAGUUUGUAGAAUACUGCUGAAGGCCUUUUUGUGUUGCAGCUAAAAUGCAUAAAAACACUUCAGGCUGUUUCACCCUUUAUUGCCCCAAGACAGAAUCAAAUGGAGAAGCCUGUUUAUAUGCCAUCACAGUUUAUUGAUUUUAAAAAGGGGAAAAAGACAUUGCUUUUCUUUUCUUUUACACUAUAUAUUAUGAAAACAAUGCCAAUACAAUGCAUUUCAUAU